AUGCUCACGUUUCUGAAAUCCAACGCAGCAUCGAUCUCGUCCAUAACAUAUAACGGUGUAGGUUUGUACCGAUGGAGAGCAAACACCAGCGCCAACGAAGAAAGCGUCUUUUCUCCUCCAGAAAGAUUGCUGAUGUUCUUCCACGACUUCUUUGGUGGCAUCACAGAGAAUAGAAUACCUUCAGAAAACGGAUCCAAAGAGUCAACAAGCUCAAGCUCCGCGUUUCCUCCCAUGGUGAUCAUCUGGUACAUCUGCUUCAACGUCAGCGAGAUCUGGUUGAAACCCGCCAUGAACUCGUCCAGCCUCUGCUUCUUGAGGUUCUCGCACGCUUCUUUCAACUCGUCCCGUUUCACAACAGACUCGUUCAAGUCGGCUUUCCGUUCAGUGAACUCCUUGAACCGUCUGGCGUACUCGUGCAAAGUGUCCAGAUCAACCGUCAUGGAAUCAACCUCCUUCUCCAGCUCCUCGAUCUCGGCCUCAAGAGUCUCCGGGUUGACUUUCUCCAGCUCUUCAGGAGUGUACUCGUGA